AUGCCGGACCUGAGCGAUUUCGGCGGGCUGGGCGGCAUUAGCGGGGCCGCCGGGGGCCUUGGCGCACUCGCGUCUCUCGCGGGGAGCGGCGGUCGUUCGCACGGUGGAGGCGGAGGGCUCGGAAACCUGGGCGGGCUGGGCGCGAUGGGACUGCUCGCAGGCGGGCACGGGGGUUUCGGUGGCGGCGGAGGCUUCGGCCACCACGGCGUCGGGGGCGGCUACCACUACGGCCCGGGAGGGUUCGGGGUAGGCCUCGGCGGCAUGGGGAUGGGAAUGGGCGGCGGUUACGGUAUGGGGGGGAUGGGCGGGUACCGCGGCUACGGCGGCGGCCACCACGGCUACCGCGGCUCGGCCAUGAGGCUGCCUUGGAUGGGGGUGCUGGCGGCGACGGCGGUGGCCGGCGGCGCGGCGGCGGCGUACCCCAGGGGCGCCAGGAGCCAGGUCACGUGGAAGGAGGGGAGCAAGCAGGUGUCCGCGCAGGUCGGAGGCUUGACGGUCAACGUGGCCUGUGCUCAAAACCUGAAGAGCGUGUCGACCAUGAGCACCCAAGACCCGUACGUCAAGGCCAAGCUUCUCGUCGACGGAUACCAGAUCUCCGAGGUGAAGAGCGGGACGCACAACAACGGCGGCCGGAACCCCAGCUGGGCGAGGAGGAACAACUUCUUCACCUUCUACGUGCCUUCGAACGUUCCGCUGCGGAAGCUGGCGGUCGUGCUGGAGAUAUACGACUACAACACCAUGUCCGCCGACAAGAUGAUCGGCACGUGCGGGAAGAUUCCUCUCCAGGGGAUCGCAGACGGGAAGAUGCGGUGGUGGACCGUCACGAGCGGGGGGCAGCUGCAGGCCUCUGUCUUCUCCGACGUGAAGUUUAACAGCACCAAGGCAUCCAAGUCCGGUGGUCAGAAGCAGCACCAGAAGAAGAGCAAGCCCAAGAAAAAGAAAAAGAGCAAGACCAAGUACCACUACGGCGGCGGCGGCGGCGGAAGCCGGAACGAGUACAACAACUACGUCAGCAAACGCUACUGGAUGUUGAGGGCCCCAGUUCCUCCGGCUUUGGGCAAAGUGCAAUUCUGUGCGCCUUUUAGAUACCCUCCGUUCAAAGCUGAUCGCUGCGGCUUAUUUAUUCCAUCGUGGUAG